AUGGAUAGCCUGGGAGUCCGAGGAGAUAUCAGUAAGGCAAUCCAGAAAGAGUACAAAAGCCUGCACCAUCUGAGCAAUGCCAUCUGUUCCGUCAAAGAUGCUGAAGCGAUUGUCAGAGAAACUGGGAUUGAACUGGAUGCCGCUGGAAUCAAAGAGCAAGGCAGGUUGCUUCACGCAGCUGUGCUGGAGAAAGAGCCUUCGGUGAAGAGAUCACGUCAAGCGUUUGUGCAGCAUCUCCUACAGCCACGACUACGGGGUCCACAAAAUAAACAGGGCAGCCAUCAAGUGUACCACGAGAUGAUUGCAAAGGAUAUCGUGCUUGCUCGUCAGGUCUUCAAAUCCCGUUUCCAUCGUGCUUUGCGAAUGGAAGGUGCUAAUCCCCAUGACCUGGAGCAACUGGAGGUCCGAAAGUGGAGCUUAAGAGUCGCAGAGUUUGUCAUCGAUGCCAAUCUGCCAGCGAGUCAAGUAGUGGAUGGGGUUCAGGAUCCAUCAGAAACUUGGGUGCGCUUGUGUGGCGGGCGGCGUGUCAGCACGCUGCGCCAAACUGCCCGAGUGUGGGGGCACUUCAGAAUGUGGCUUGAGAUGACAUUCGGCAAGCUCUGGCCAAAGGACGCAGUUGAGAUCAUUGAUUUCUUGACCGAGCGCAGUCAUGAACCAUGCGGUCGGACAGUGCCGGGAACCUUUCUUGCAGCUCUCAGCACCUUGGAGGUCAUAGGAGGGUUGCGUAGUGAAGAUAGGCUGUCGCUUUCCCCGCUUUUAAUCUCUUUUGUGAGAGGGCUGGAAACCCAGUUGAGUUCCGGGGCUCCCCCUCGUAAGAGCGCGCAGCCUUACACUGUGGCUAUGAUCAUCGGGGCAGAACUGAUGGUGAUGGACCCGGGGCUCACGGUUGUGAACAGGGUCUUUGCCUUCAUCUUGCUUGUCAUGGUGUGGGCGGCCUUGCGAGUCGAUGAUGUCCAAUGGAUCAAAAGGGACAGCCUGGCGCUGAGUGAGUUAGGCUUGCGGGCGGUCUUGAGCAGAACCAAAACCUCUGGACCAGGCCGAAAGAUGGGUGAGCUCCCAAUUUUUGUGCAUCGUAGGGCUUCCUGGAGCGGAGUGGAUUGGCUUAGCGAGGGGCUGAGCCUUUUCUUGGAGUCCACGGCUACACUGCCUUCAGAGCUUUUCCUGGGAAAGCCACAGAAGGGGGGAAACGGCUUCACCAACCGCUACUUGAGCAAUGUCGACUUCAACAGUUGUCUGAAAGCAGUGUUGACUGAGCUACCUGCAGUGCGGCGUGGCGACGAGGGAGGUUGGGAGGCAAUCCCAAACAGCCGCUUGGUGCCGGAAGCUUUAGUGGGUUUCUGGUCAGGACACUCUGCUAGGCAUAACUUGGUGUCUUGGGCAGGAGCCAUGCGGGUGCCCCCAGAACAGCGAAAUUAUCUGGGCAGAUGGCAGACAGGACGAGGCUCUUCCGACACAUACAUGAUCACGUCGAGACAAGUGGUGCUUGAGGUGCAGGAGAAGGUCUUGAAGGGGAUCUCCAACGGGGGCGACCUGGGAACUGACAUCUUCGUCGAGAGCGAGUUGGUGGAGACACUCGUGGAUUUCUCAAAGGCCCGAGGGGACCCCAGCCGAGUAAAGCUAUUGCACCAGAUAAUGCAUGGGCCGCCGGGCAAACCCACGCUCCAGCAGAAAUUCCCGCUCCUCGAGGAUACCUCCAUCCAGAUCGGUUCCGAGCUUGGUGACGGCGACAUGGACAGGGACGUCGUCUUGCCUGAACCUUCGGAUACAGCACCCUACUUCGUGACCGUCUCAAGAAGAACGGGGUUCAAACGGCUUCAUCGUCAAGGCGGGUGUCCCGUUACCGUCGCGCAGGUCUACGACGCCAGGGAUGUGUGGACCUUGGGCGCCGAAGUGGCAGAUGCCCGGUGCCUCAAAUGUUUCAAAGCCGACUCGCAACCGCUCUCGAGCUCUUCGGGAAGUUCGUCUAGUACAAGUUCCAGCGAUAGCUCCUUGGAUUAG